AUGAUGGACGAAAGCUCAGCCCGUUUUCACCCUAAACGACGGAGGUCUCGUGGACUGAAUCAACCUGAACGGCGUAUUGAAGCCAAACGGCUACAGUACAACAGUAUUCAGCAUUCCUCUUCUGGUGAGAUCGACCUACGAAUCUCUUCUUCAUGCAUUUUAAUACGAAAUAAAAGUCCUCCCAACAACGUUAGCUCAGGGGCUUCAUCGAAAACAAGUUUUAUUCGUAUCUACAACCAGAUGUUGGCAACUGAGUUGCCUUUGGGAUAA